CUCCACUCAGAUUGCAUUCAGAAAGCCAUUGAGAUAUGCAGCGAAUGUUUGAUUUUGCUAAAUGGCACCGAUCAAAACAGCAAAGACCAAUUUGAUUCAGCACUGUUACAAUUUUACAGCGACAUCUAUACCGUUCUUUUCAGCGCUUAUCGUCAUAUCUCUGACUACAUAAGUGCGAAAAGAUACGGAAGGAAACUGUUUGACUUAUACAGAGGGUAUGGAAUUAUGUUUUAUAAACUUGGCGAAAGCCUAAAAGCAAAGGAAUAUUUUGAGAGGGCCCUUGCCAUAACAACUAAAAUCGGCGACAGACGAGGGGAAGCAUCAUGUUAUGGAAACCUAGGCACUGUGUUUGAGUCACUUGGCCAAUACGACAAGGCUGAAGAGUAUCUCCAAAAAGCGCUUGUCAUCAGAACUGAAAUUGAUGACAGAGAAGGGGAGGCAACUGACUACGGAAACCUUGGUACUGUGUUUACGUAACUUGGCCAAUACGACAAGGCUGAAGAGUAUCUCCAAAAAGCACUUCUCAUCAGAACUGAAAUUGGCGACAGACAAGGGGAGGCAACUGACUACGGAAACCUAAGUACUGUGUUUCUGUCCGUUGGCCAAUACGACAAGGCUGAAGAGUAUCUCCAAAAAACGCUUGUCAUCAAAACUGAAAUUGGCGACAGACAAGGGGAAGCAACAUGUUAUGGAAACCUAAGUACUGUGUUUAUGUCGCUUGGCCAAUACGACAAGGCUGAAGAGUAUCUCCAAAAAGCGCUUGUCAUCAGAACUGAAAUUGGCGACAGACGAGGGGAAGCAUCAUGUUAUGGAAACCUAGGUACUGUGUUUAAGUCGCUUGGCCAAUACGACAAGGCUGAAGAGUAUCUCCAAAAAGCGCUUGUCAUCAGAACUGAAAUUGGCGACAGACGAGGGGAAGCAUCAUGUUAUGGAAACCUAGGUACUGUGUUUACGUCGCUUGGCCAAUACGACAAGGCUGAAGAGUAUCUCCAAAAAGCGCUUGUCAUCAGAACUGAAAUUGGCGACAGACCAGGGGAAGCAACAUGUUAUGGAAACCUAGGUACUGUGUUUAUAUCGCUUGGCCAAUACGACAAGGCUGAAGAGUAUCUCCAAAAAGCGCUUGUCAUCAGAACUGAAAUUGGCGACAGACGAGGGGAAGCAUCAUGUUAUGGAAACCUAGGUACUGUGUUUCUGUGUUUAAGUCUGAAGAGUAUCUCCAAAAAGCGCUUCAGAACAAAUACGACAAGGCUGAAGAGUAUUUCAAAAAGCGCUUGUCAUCAAAAAGGCUGAAAUUGGCGACAGACGAAAUUGGGACAGAAGGGAAGCAUCAUGUUAUGGAAACCUGGGUACUGUGUUUCUGUCCGUUAGCCAAUACGACAAGGCUGAAGAGUAUCUCCAAAAAACGCUUGUCAUCAAAACUGAAAUUGGCGACAGACAAGGGGAAGCAUCAUGUUAUGGAAACCUGGGUACUGUGUUUCUGUCCGUUAGCCAAUACGACAAGGCUGAAGAGUAUCUCCAAAAAGCGCUUGUCAUCAGAACUGAAAUUGGCGACAGAGAAGGGGAGGCAACAUGUUAUGGAAACCUAGGUAAUGUGUUUCAGUCGCUUGCUCAAUACGACAGGGCUGAAGAGUAUCUCCAAAAAGCGCUUGUCAUCACAACUGAAAUUGGCGACAAAAAUGGAGAAGGAGCAUGUUAUGGAAACCUAAGUAAUGUGUUUCAGUUGCUCGGAGAAUACGACAAGGCUAAAGAGUAUCUCUACAAAGCGCUUGUCAUCAGAACUGAAAUUGGCGACAGACAAGGGGAGGCAACUGACUAGGGAAACCUAGGUACUGUGUUUACGUCGCUUGGCCAAUACGACAAGGCUGAAGAGUAUCUCCGAAAAGCGCUUGUCAUCACAACUGAAAUUGGCGACAGAGAAGGGGAGGCAACUGACUACGGAAGCCUAGGUUCUGUGUUUAAGUCGCUUGGCCAAUACGACAAGGCUGAAGAGUAUUUCCAAAAAGCGCUUGUCAUCAGAACUGAAAUUGGCAACAGACGAGGGGAAGCAUCAUGUUAUGGAAACCUAGGUACUGUGUUUACGUCGCUUGGCCAAUACGACAAGGCUGAAGAGUAUCUCCAAAAAGCGCUUGUCAUCAGAACUGAAAUUGGCGACAGACGAGGGGAAGCAUCAUGUUAUGGAAACCUAGGUACUGUGUUUAAGUCGCUUGGCCAAUACGGCAAGGCUGAAGAGUAUCUCCAAAAAGCGCUUGUCAUCAGAACUGAAAUUGGCGACAGAGAAGGGGAGGCAACUGACUACGAAAACCUAGGUACUGUGUUUACGUCGCUUGGCCAGUACGACAAGGCUAAAGAGUAUCUCCAAAAAGCGCUUGCCAUCCAAACUAAAAUUGGUGAUAAGGAAGGGGAAGCAACAGUUCUUGGAAACCUUGGAAUUUUUUUUAGAACUGUUGGUGAUUUUGAAGCUUCGGAAAUAUGCUUGGAGAAAGCUUUAUUCAUAUCCGGAGAUAUUGGAGAUGGAAGAAGAGAGUUUGAAAUCCUCCGAGAACACGCCGUUUUGUAUUUAUAUCAAUAUAAAAUCAAAGACUCCCUGUCGUGUCUUCAUCUGUGCAUUGAAAAGUAUGAGGAGCUGAGAUAUCUCUUGGGCGCCAAUGAUCAGUUCAAAACAUCAUUUCUGGAGAACACAGGAAUGUUUCCCUACAAGCUGCUUUGUACUUUGCUUUGUGACAUCGGAAAUGCUCGGGAUGCUCUUUAUGUUGAGGAGUUGGGUCGAGCUAGAGGCCUAUCAGACUUAAUGGCAGAGAAGUACUCGGUUGACACGCACAUCUCUGCUAAUCCACAAUCUUGGUUUGGCAUUGAGAACAUUUUAAGAAAGAAAAAUAACUGUACUUGUCUGUACAUUUCUUAUUUUCAUCGUCUGCAUUUGUGGAUCUUGAAAACAAGUGGAAUCCUUCACCACAGAAGAGUAUCACCAGAAGAGAAUCUAGUUCAGGCUGGGUUGCCCAGAGAUUUGUCUUUGAGUCAAUUUUUGGAUGAUAAUUUCCGGAGUCUUGGUAUUUUGCCCACUAAAGAUUGUGAAGAUCGGUCUUUAAAUACGAUUAAAUUGCAACCUCUCUCCCCCGCGCAAAAGAGCUCAGCAAGAUUGCGACUUAUGGAGGAGGACGAGGACGAGGACGAGGACGAGGACGAGAAAGUGAUUUCAAGUCUAUAUUUGUGUUACAAAAUGUUCAUUGCCCCCGUUUAUGAUUUGCUUGAUGAGCCUGAAGUCAUUAUUGUUCCUGACCGCAGGUUGUACAAAGUUCCCUUUGCUGCCCUGAGUGAAAAGGAGGGAGCCGAAUACUUGUCAGAGACGCAUAAGAUCCGUAUCAUUCCUUCGUUGACAACACUCAAGAACAUCCAAGAUAGUCCAGAGGACUAUCACAGCAACACUGGCGCCUUAGUAAUAGGCAAUCCCAAGGUUAAUUGGCUGCAACCAUUGCCAGCUGCAAGAAAGGAAGCGGAGAUGGUCGGAAGACUGGUCGGUGUUCCGCCUCUAGUUGAAGAGAAAGCAACGAAGCAGGCGGUACUUGAGCAGAUAAGUUCAGUGAGCUUGAUACAUUUUGCUGCCCAUGGUGACGCGGAAAGAGGAGAAAUUGCACUCUCCCCCAUUCCUACUCCCAACAGUCAAAACGCUAUCCCACCGCGGGAAGCUUACAUGUUGACGAUGGCUGAUGUUUCACGAGUGAAAGUCAGAGCUAAACUGGUGGUACUUAGCUGCUGUCACAGUGGAAGUGGAGAGAUAAAAGCCGAGGGAGUUAUAGGAAUUGCUCGUGCGUUCUUAGGAUCUGGUGCUCGCUCGGUGUUGGUUGCGCUGUGGGCCAUUCCAGACUCAGCAACAGAGCAGCUGAUGAGUCGGUUCUACGAACACCUCAUUGAAGGAGGAAGUGCCAGUGAAUCCCUUCAUCAGGCCAUGAAGUGGAUGAGAAAAAACGGCUUGAACAGAAUUUCUGAGUGGGCUUCGUUUACGCUGAUUGGAGAUGAUGUGAGACUCGAGUUUGACAACCAG